GUAGAAACUCCGGGAAGACGCGGCGGCGCGCGGGGCGGGCUCCCGGGCCCCGGCAGCGGAGGCUCGCGCCCCUGCGCACACCCGGGUCCCGAGGAGGCAGGUCGUUGGACCUCAGUCCACGGUGUCGGUGGUGCGCGAGGCAAGAUGUUGAGGCGCAGCUUGGAAAACCGGGACGCUCAAACCAGACAACUGCAAAAUGCUGUCACAAAUGUGGAGAAGCAUUUUGGAGAGCUGUGCCAAAUAUUUGCUGCUUAUGUGCGGAAAACUGCCAGACUGCGAGACAAAGCAGACCUCCUGGUGAAUGAAAUAAACGUGUAUGCCUCUACAGAGACCCCAAAUUUAAAGCAGGGUCUGAAAAACUUUGCUGAUGAGUUUGCCAAACUUCAGGAUUAUCGACAAGCAGAGGUUGAAAGACUUGAAGCCAAAGUAGUUGAACCAUUGAAAGCUUAUGGAACCAUUGUAAAAAUGAAACGAGAUGACCUCAAAGCAACAUUAACAGCAAGGAAUCGAGAAGCUAAACAGUUAACUCAGUUAGAAAGAACACGUCAACGAAACCCAUCUGACCGACAUGUUAUUUCACAGGCAGAAACGGAAUUACAGAGAGCUACAAUGGAUGCUACCCGAACAACUCGUCACCUGGAGGAAACUAUUGACAAUUUUGAAAAGCAGAAAAUAAAGGAUAUAAAGACAAUAUUUUCAGAAUUUAUCACUAUUGAAAUGUUAUUUCAUGGCAAAGCUUUAGAGGUCUACACUGCUGCCUACCAAAAUAUACAAAAGAUUGACGAAGAAGAAGACUUGGAGGUAUUCCGAAAUUCUCUGUAUCCACCAGAUUAUUCAUCUCGUUUAGAUAUUGUAAGAGCAAAUUCAAAGUCGCCUCUUCAGAGAUCUUUGUCAGCUAAGUGUGUAUCUGGAACAGGACAGGUAUCCACCUGUCGACUAAGAAAGGAUCAACAAGCAGAUGAUGAUGAUGAAGAGGAUGAAGACUUAGAUGUGACAGAAGAAGAAAAUUAGCUUAUGAGGACAUAGAUGUAACAAGAAAAUUCAUUUUCUUAAGUAAACUUCACAUUUCCAUUUUUAUCUUAAAUGACUUGGAAUUCAAAAUUACUAAAUUGUAAAACUUUAUACUGGCUUGAUACAUUAAACCUCAAAGUUAAAUCCUACUGGAAAUGAAAAAUAAAGAAAAUUUAUGCUCACAAAAAUGAAAGCUUUAAAAAACAUUACACACCAGUCAUUUCAACAUUCUGUUUAGCAGCAUGUGAUCUUUUUGUAUAGGUACCAUUUUUUAAAAAAAGAUUAUGUAUUUAAAAAGUAUUUCAUAUUAAUUACCUAGUGGAGGUUGCAAUAGUAAAUAGAUGACCAAAAAAAAAAAAAGCAAGUAACAAUUCCACUAGCUUCUUUUAGGCUAAGACACCAUGCUUUCAUGACCAGAAAAGGGUCCUUAGUCAUUCUGAUUAAAUACAAAUUCUAUCCUGUAAAGCCUUACUUGAAAAACCAUCUUUUUCACUUUUACUACCACCUGAAAUUUUAUCAUUUAAUACAUAAAUUUACUUUUCAACAAGAGCAUAAUCACCCUUGAUUAAAAGUAAUGGGAAC